AUGACCGAAAGCCUAAGAGAUGCGGCUGGGGACAGAAAAUGGCCUGCUAUUUUCUUUGGAGACGACGCCCCACUGCCUCGAUGGAAACUCGUUGCCCUUGCCAAUCCGCCAGACGCGGAUGAUCUCGAGCAUCAACUCAUUACGACGUAUGAUGAUAAAACGCAUAUCCCUGGUGUCCAUCGAGGAAGCCAUCCAAUGUCUUACGAUGGUAAGAUUGGGCUCGGGGCUCUUGACUGGGAACUUGAAUACGGCCCGGAGUCCGGUUUCAAUGGCUUUAGCAAGGAGGAGGUGUACGAGGUUGCUUUCCGGUGCCUUGUCGAUGCAACCUACGAUUUCCUCUGCCGUGAGGAGAUCCGAGCCUGGAUCUCCCGUCAGAAAUGGUUCCAUGUCGCCAAUGUGGAUGACCCCCUGCCACCCAUUCGUCACCCGCCUAAGUUGACUUUGUUUGGGCGCGCGCGCCGCAAGGAUUCUGGAGUUUACUUCCCCAAUUUUGAGCCACUUGGCAAGAAUGGAAGACUAUUCGAUGACUUCGACCGUCCUACAUUAUGCCUUGAUAGAGGAACCAACCAAACCAGGCCCAAAAGUCCAUCGCCAUCCAAUCAAAGGCGCCGGCCUCCAAGGGACCCUCUCAUUGAGAUGAUGUUAAAGAACGAGAAUACUACGUUGGUAGCUCCAGGGAAAGUUAGUUCCUCCUUCAAUCCAACGCAUGAUUCCCCGCAGCCACAGCCUCCAAGUUCGCCAGUCUUGCCCCCAAAAGCUGGACAGCCCCAUUCUGCUGCUUUGAGCAACGUGGAAAGGGGGAGCAGUGGUCGUUCCGAUCGACCACAGCAGGGUGGGAGAUUGGCCGAGAUCUGUGAGUACAAAUGUGUUUCUUUUAGCGUUAUCCUAUUGAUUUUAAGCAUGUUCAUUUGUCUCUUUCUGUACGGCUUCAAUAUUAUCAACUAA